AUGCAUAGUAUUAAAUAAGCUAAAGAUUAAUUAUAGGAUAGAGAAUUAAAUAAUAAUCUAACAAUGAGAUCAAUCAGUGAUAAAAUGGAUGACUUUUUUGGAUGGCAAAAUCAUUAUAAAUAAGAUAGUUUAAUAAGAGGAAUUAUUCAUGGAUGUUAUCAUGGGAUGUGGGGUGUAUUAAAAUAUAUGGCAUAAAAUACAGAAGGAUCUAAAAGAGAAUUCAAAAGAGCAAAAGAUUAAUUUUAAAGGAAUGGGAGGAUUAGAGAAUGA